CUUCGGGCGCGAGAGUGGCGUGGGCGCGUCCGAACCAGGCCAGGGGCCAGGCGGGCGCACCCCGCGGGCCCGGGGCACACGCCCCUCACCUGGGCGAGGCCGGGCGCGCAGGCGCUCAGCGCGGGGGCCGCGGCCGGGCGCCCCAGCCCCGCGCCGGCAAGAGUUGGACAGUUCCGGGGCCGCGCCUGGCCAAGCUGUCGCCGGCGCCACCUCCACUGCCGCCGCCACCGCCCGGGCUGCAGCAGCUCGCGGGAGAGCGUCUGCGCGAAGCCCCAGCGCAGCCCUGGCGGGACCGCCGCAACCAGCAGAGCGUGAGCAACAGCUUCCCGACCGGAGCAGCCACUGCCCCGCGCGCCCGCGGCCCGCGCGCCGAGAUGCUCUGCAUUUUGACUUCAUCAAAGAUUAAAUUGAUGUUUAUGGGCUAAUCUGGAAACCUCAAAACAAUUUGUUUCACUACAUCUAUAAGAAAGUAUGUCCGGAUUCCCACUGGCCGUCUCUUAGAGGGGCUGCAGAACACAGCCCGAUGCAUGAAGUACUCCUUAAGCCCUGACAAUCUCCUUGAAGAUGGAACUAUGAAUAUGGCAACUUUUCUACGGGGCUUUGAUGACAAAGGGAUAAAGAACGACAGGCCUGAGGACCAGCUGAACAAAGAGAAAAAGAAAAUUCUGUUCUCCUUCUGUGAGGUGUGCAACAUCCAGCUGAACUCGGCAGCUCAGGCCCAGGUCCAUUCCAAUGGCAAGUCCCACCGCAAACGAGUGAAGCAGCUGAGUGAUGGGCAGCCCCCGCCCGCCACCCAGGCCAGCCCCAGCUCCAGCACCAGCGCAGAUGAUCAGGGCUGAGCCAAGUCUCGGUAGCACUGUGCAGUACCCUGGUCACAUACUGGAAGUUUUGUUUAUCUAACUUGGUUGCUCUCGGACCUGGGGAGAGCCCUGCCAGGAUGUGGAGUGGACUUCCUAGCAGAGGCAGUACAUGCCACACUACUACCCUUCCUGCUCUUGUGCGCACACCUACCCUGAUGAUGCAGCCUUCACUGGAUAUCAAACCAUUUAUGUCUUUUCCAGUGGACAGUAGUUCUGCUGUUGGGCUCUUUCCAAAUUUUAACACAAUGGAUCCUGUGCAAAAAGCAGUCAUUAACCACACAUUUGGAGUGUCCAUCCCCCCAAAAAAGAAACAAGUUAUUUCUUGUAAUGUCUGCCAGCUUCGCUUUAACUCGGAUAGCCAGGCCGAGGCCCACUACAAAGGAAGUAAACAUGCCAAGAAGGUCAAAGCACUAGAGGCAACGAAAAAUAAACCCAAAAUGGUUUCUUCCAAGGACAGCGCAAAGGCUAAUCCCAGCUGCUCCAUCACUCCAAUCACAGGCAACAGCUCUGACAAAUCAGAAGACAAAGGGAAGUUAAAAGCCAACAGCUCCAGUCAGCCACCAAGCUCUGAAGGUGUCUCGUUUCUCCUCAAGUCUGGCACAACACCCCUGCCACCUGGAGCAGCCACUUCUCCCUCCAAGAGCACAAAUGGAGCUCCCAGUACUGCUGCUGAAUCAGAAGAAGAAAAAGCCAAAAAAUUACUUUAUUGUUCACUAUGCAAAGUGGCUGUGAACUCCCUGUCACAGCUAGAGGCACACAACACAGGAUCUAAACACAAGACCAUGGUUGAGGCUCGUAAUGGGGCUGGUCCAAUUAAAUCCUACCCUAGACCUGGGUCAAGGUUAAAGAUGCAGAAUGGCAGUAAGGGGUCAGGACUACAGAACAAGACAUUUCAUUGUGAAAUUUGUGAUGUUCAUGUUAAUUCAGAAAUUCAACUCAAACAGCAUAUUUCUAGCCGAAGGCAUAAAGAUCGAGUUGCAGGGAAACCUCUGAAGCCAAAAUACAGCCCUUACAACAAACUCCAGCGGAGCCCGAGUAUUUUAGCGGCAAAACUUGCAUUCCAGAAAGAUAUGAUGAAGCCUUUGGCCCCAGCCUUCCUGUCUUCACCUCUGGCGGCAGCAGCGGCCGUGUCCACUGCCCUGUCACUCCCACCUCGGCCAUCUGCCUCACUCUUCCAGGCUCCAGCCAUUCCUCCGGCUUUGCUGAGGCCUGGGCAUGGGCCCAUUCGCGCCACUCCCGCCUCCAUCCUCUUUGCCCCAUACUGACAUCUGCAAGCUCCAAGAUGGUUGAGACAAGUACGAAAGUUUGGAAGAAAGCCAAAAGGAUUCAGCAACUUCAGCAUUUUGUGUUGCAGUGCCCCCACCCAUCCACAAAGUGCAGCCCACCCCGCAAAGCCCCAAUUCCAAAGAAAAAUCACUAGAUUCGAGAGUGCUCUUAUGGACUGCACCUAGAAUUUAGGAAUCUGAGCAGCAUAGGCUUUCUCUCCCUAUUCCCUCCCCCAACCCACCCUGUGCCCUUUAUGUAUCCGAGAUAUUUGUUUUCUUGAAAAUGUAUUGGUCAAAAAGACAAAGAAAGAAAAUUUAUUCUCUAUUUUUCCAUGUGUGUGAUCUGGCUUAGAAAGAAUAUGGAAUAUUUUCCUGACAGACUUGAAAACUAGGAUCUUCCUCAGAUGUCUGUAAAUAACUCUGGAGUCCAACUGGGCAUAUUCUAGUGUGGGACAAAAAUCAGUGAACACAAGUGCUUCCUUGUGGAUGCCAUCUUACCAACGGAUCACAGCAUUUUCUUUUUGAUGUACUAUUGUUGACAGGGAUUGUGUACUGUUUUAGACCUAAGUACUGUUGUAUCCUGUGUAGUACUAGAUCUGUAUCUCUCGUCCAAAUUAAUCAUUUUUAGUUUCUGUGUAAAUGUUAGGAAGCAAAGUAGCUUUGAAUUUUCUCUUUCAGACAACAAAAAAUAAAGUAAUGUAUUUUCUUUAUUUCACAUUUUAUUUGGAGAUAUUUAAAUGAAAUAGAAAGCCAUAUAACAUAGCUCUAAUUAUUACCUGUUUGCUAUUUGUGUUUAACUUAUUUUGUAGCUUCCUCACCAGUUUGAGUUGCUAAGCAGAUGUAAAAGAGCUGAAAAAGAGCUUCCUCAAUUGCACAUUUUUGCACCUCUUGUGCAUUCUGCAAGAAGACAAUGAAUCCAUGUAUUUCUACAUAAUUAUCUUCUUCAUUUUUAACCUGUUUUCAUUUGUAAUGAUGCUACACAAUUUUGUGGCUCCCUAAUGCAAUAAUGUACAGAAGAUAAAACAUUUGUAAUUGAACAACCUGUCUUUCUGUUCACUGAAUAUGUUGCAGGUCAUGCUCCCGCCCCCCCCCCCCUUUCUAAGCUGAUAUCAACAAGACUGGAAUGUUUGUGAUAUCAGGGGCAAGAGUUAGCAUAAAACAACAAAAUAGAACUCGUGUAGAGCAUCUAUAUCUGCAAUCUGUAAAUGGUAAAAUGUCUGUGUAUUUUUUUAAAUGUACCUUUUCAAUAAAAGUACAAAAA